AUGGAUCAACCUACCACAACAGGUCGUGUCUUUGCUCUAACUGGUGUUGAAGCUGAAAUGUCAUCUGAAUUGGUGAAGGGAAAGGGUAAAGCUGAUGGUAAUGAUCUCGGGCGUCGAGUGAAGUUGACCCUGGAGAGGGCAAACUCACGCUACCCCGUCGUCACAAACACGGAGGUAUGCAGCUUCCGGCUCGAGCGACGAGUGAAGCUAAGCCUGGAGAGGCAGUACUCACACUACCCCGUCGUCAGAAACACGGAGGUAUGCAACUUCCAGCUCGGGCGUCGAGUGAAGUUGACCCUGGAGAGGGCAAACUCACGCUACCAAAGUGACCAGAAGCACGGAGAUUUGGAUGUGAUUUUAGGAAUGGAUUGGCAUUCUGCCAAUAGGAUUUUUAUAGAUUAUUCAAAGAGGCGAUUAAUCUUUCCUACUGUUGAACAAGAGAGAUUUAUUUCUAGUGGACAGGUGGAUGGUUUGUUGAAGGGUGGAGCUCUUGGGUUUAUUGUCUUAUCUUUUAUCAGUUUAGAGAAUGAAAAGUUGUUAAAUAGUAUCGAUGUUGUUAGAGAUUUCCCAGAGGUUUUUCCGGAUGAUGUUCCGGGGUUACCACUAAAGGGAGAGUUGGAGUUUAGUUUUGAUCUAAUACCAGGGGCGGGACCAGUGUCCAUUUCUCCUUAUAGAAUGGCACCAGCGGAAUUGUCUUAA